AUGGGCGCCAAGCGAUCCCGAGCUGACAUGGAGGCCAAAGACACGGGCUCCGCUCACUCGCCCUUCAUGCCCAUGUUCGAGGCCUUCCGUGCCGAACUAGACGAACACCACGACCGCAGAGAACGCAUCAUCAAAGCAUCCCGAGACAUCACAGCAGCCUCGAAAAAGAUCAUCUUCACACUGCAACGAGUCCGCAAGCUGAACGAACCUCUGCCCCAACACGUCGUCAAAGGCAACAAGCAAUACUACGACGUCAUCGGCGAACGACUAGCUUCCGUGUCGGGAGACCUCCGAGGCCUCAGUGCGUGGCGUUAUGCCCGACAGAUCAGUGGUGGGGUGCAGGAGUAUAUGGAAGCGGCUUCGUUUGAGCAUUACUUGACUACAGCAUCACUCCUCACAUACGACGACGCCUCGGCGCAACUUCUGGCCCGAGACAAGGAGGGUCCGGGUAUAGAGCUGAGCGCAGAAGACUAUCUGCUUGGCAUUUUCGACAUGACGGGUGAGCUGAUGCGAUUUGCUAUUACGACCAUGGCGACAGGCGGUGCCCUGCCUGGUGUUACAUCCGAGAAUGCAGGUUCCACUGUCAGCGAGCGAAAUGUCUUACAUGAUCUUCGCGCUCUGCGGUCGGCACUUGAGUCGCUCAAUGCUGGACAGGGUCCUUUUGCUAAGGAGGCUGAGAAGAAGAUGGAUGUGAUGAAGACGAGUGUGGAGAAGGUUGAGCGGUCGUUGUACGGCUUGGUGGUCAGAGGUGCUGAGCGCCCUAAGGGCUGGCUGCCUGAUGCCGACAGAUCGAUCGAGGUGGAGGGAUGA